ACCGACAAAGCAGAGUCCAAAAGCAGCCAUUUUUCUCUCCAACGGAGGGAGGAAAGGAGAGAGCAGAGAGGAUGGUGGAGGUGCUCCGUGUCGAUCCGGAGAUCUUUCCGGGAGGGCUUCGUCACAGCGGCGUGAAGCACGAUCCCUCCGAAUCUUCUUCUUCUUCUUGUUCUUCGUCAUCGUCGUCGUCGUCUGUCACCCUCCUUUAGUGGCGGCUGCGUGCCGCUAGUGAGAAAGCCGUUGUAUUUUGCGGGUCGGUCAUGCGCCUUUCAGGAGUUUUGCUUAUUUUUUUCCCAGCGUCUUGAUUAGCGAAGAGUGGCUGGAAGGUAUGAAGAUUUCGUCUUGAGGAGUCUUUUGCAAGCGAGGUUGACGGACGGAUCAAAAGAUUGGAUUUUUUCUGUUCGUGUGUCUCUUUCUCUUGGUGAGGAGGAAUCCGGAGACUGGUUGGUUUCGGAAAGUUAUAGUGAUGAAGGGAAAAAUAUGGUUUUUUUCCUUAAUUGAGGUCUAUGGACAAUUUGGUGCCGAGUGAUAUUUUAUUUUGUUUUCUGUUGUUUUGUUCUGCUUUGAUGCAUCUACAGCUUGAAGUUGAUUAGGAGAAGAAAAGACUCUCCUUUAUGGUUUCUGAUAUGACUGCAUAAGAUCCUUCAUAAAGACUUGACAAUUCUGAGUUCUCGGAUACUGUAUAUAGUAGAGUGUGGGAUUUGGAUUUUGAUUAGUAGCUCCAGAUUGGAUCUGGUUUUAAUUUGGUUUCAGAUUCGAUAGUUGGUGACUUUGAUGCAGAAGAUUUGUUCGUUGCCACUGCGUCUUCUUUGAGGAUUUGGUGGGUUUUUUAUGACCUUGAUCUGAUUAUAGUUGAGGGAAGGUCUGGAAUUAGGUUGACAGAACUAAAUCUGAUGGCUUUCCUCGGGAAGAAACAUUAACACCCCAAGUUCUGCGACUUUAUCGGUUGUGGAGAGAGAUUACCAUGAAACUGGAAUUUAUGAGCUUUCUUCUUCUAGAUUUGCCAGUGAUUCUAUACUUUCUUACCUUUUGAAUCAGAUUAUGAUUUCAGAAUUUUAUUCAUAAAGUUCUUCAGUUUUCGUGACCACCUGUGAGCAUAAUUUGAAGUUUAAACACCCUUAAUGGCGAAAAGAUUCUACAAAAGGUCUGCACAAUCUGAAAAGCAUAAUGCAGGCUGUAUGUGGGCCUUGAUUAGCUUGUUUGAUUUUCGCCAAGGGCCGCCCACUCCAAAGUUACUUUCAGAUAGGAAGCAUGGAAGUCCUAAACAAGGUAAUGGUUAUUCAAAAAUUAAAGUUGGCAUGCACAGCAGUUAUGAAGGCAAAUAUAAAGAUGCUAAUAAUGUUAUGGAGACCAAAGCAAAGGGAGUGGAUCUUUGUCUUGCUAGUGUCAAAGUACUUAUGGAGGAAGAGAUGCUUCGAGAUCAUCAAGAAAAGAAUAUUCUGAUCUCAGGAGAUGGGACCCACUCCAAGAACAUUCCUCGAGAAAGAAGUAAGACAAAAACUGGCUCUGCAAGCUUGAACGAUCAGCUGUCUGAUAAUUUUACUCUAACUGAGAGAUCUUCCCGUAGCUUUGAUCUGGUUGCAUUUUUGAUUAAGUUAUACACUCACUUCAAAGGAUGUGAAGAAAUGCAGGUUGAUUAUGAUAAUAAGAUUGACUUAUGUCUUGCUAUGAAAGCUGUUGUUCAGAAGAUGAGUGACCAUCCUGAUGAGUUUGAUUCCCAGCUUGAUCAAAAAGAGUAUUUUCUUUACAAAGCACUAGCUGAUUUUUUUGAGGCUAUUGCAAAUCAGGAAUCUCUUGAUGAGAAACAUAUUGUAAAUAAGGCUGUUCGGUCGAGAGAGUUUAUGGAUGCAUUGGAAAUCCUUGAUUCAAAUAAGGAAGUAGUGCUGAAGCUCCUAGAAGAUCCUAAUUCACAUUUUUAUAAACAAAUUGAAGAUCGUCAGAAAACUCAAGUUGUAAAAGUGGCCAAGAUGGUAUCUGAAAAUUAUUCAGAAGUUCAGCAAGAUGUCAGACGAAGGAAAUUUCACGACUUUGACAAUAAUGAACUCUUUCACAAGCAAAGUAGAUACAGCUUUUUCUGGAAAAAGGACAAGCCAAAGGAGGCCAAAUCAUUAAAGAACAGUCAGAAUUUGGAAACUACGAACAGAGUGGUUGUCUCAAAGGCCAAUCCAAUGAGGACACGAGAAGAUAUCAUGAAUACUCUGAGCUUUUCACCUGAAUCACAUCAUAAAAUAAGGCAUGAGGAAGAGGGUGAUAGAACUGUAUCCCAUUUUUCUCUAAGAGAAAUUAAAAGAAGGCUCAAACAUAUAAUUGGUGGGAGCAGGAAAGAAGGAAGAAUGAUCUCCAGGGAUGGUGUUUUACACAGAAUUCCAAUUGGAUACAAAGUUUCAGGUGGCAGAGAUAAGCUGCUUAACAAUGAGGGUGUAAUAUCAAGCAUGGAAAAGUCUUCUGAAGUUUUGACCGUUUCCAAGGGAAAGGACAGUAAGGUUAAUCCAGAAGAACAUGAACUUAACAUCAGGAGUGGUAAUUCUGCCAUAAAACCUGCUUCUCCUAUCUAUAAAGAAGGCAAGAAACACCUUGUUGAUAUGCUAGAUAUUGGAGAUCAAACAGCUAGUUUGCGAACAGCCCAUGUCUCAAGAUCUUUGGGGAGGCUGCUUUCUAUCCCAGGGUACAGUGUAUUAUCUCCGAGAGUGAUUCCCGGAAGUGACAAGGAGCUUGUCUUUCCAUCUGAAUUGACAGGAUCUCUCCCAUUACAGCAGUUCAAUCAAGAAGAUGCAACCAAUUCUUUAAGCUCACUGAAACAAAUCUUGGAGAUCUCAUCUUGCUCUUCCAGCAAUCAAAUUGAUGAAAUAACAUUGCUUGACUUGAAAGCCAAGCUCACUGAUAACCACAUGCAGGAUGGAUUGUGUAUUGGAUCAGACUUGAACCAUGAAGGAAGUGCACAAAAAAAUGUGGACACAGUCGAUGUAACAAGCAAGUUAUUGACUGACAUGUUAGAUGUGUCCUUGCAGCCAAAUAGCUAUGAAUCUAAUGUUGCAUGUGAACGAUGCAACGGAGAUUUAGGUAUGUCAGAGGUAGAAUCACAUACUGUGACACAAUCUGGAUUCUCACCGAGAUCUUCUCUCAGAGAAAAAUUAGAGGCUCCCGAAGGCACUAUCGGGAAGCCAGGGCGAUCAAGUCCAGUAUCUGUUCUUGAAAAAUUCAUCCCAGCAGAAUUCACCAGUCCUAAGUUCAGAGCUGUAGAGCACUCUAUGAUUCCAACACAAGAUGCAAGAGUCAAUUUAAGGACUUACUCUGAAGGCAGACAAGCUAGGUUUAAAUAUGUCGAAACCGUGUUGCAAGCCUCAGGGUUAGGCUUUAUCGACGCAGAGAGAUGGCAUUUGGCAGAAAAACUACUCGAGUCAUCCUUACUCGAUGAAGUAGGAAUGUCAUGUUCUCCACACAUAGAUGAUCCAGAGCUUCUAUUUGACUGCAUCAAUGAAGCCCUUGAAGAGAUACAGGCGAAGUUCUUCAAAUGUACUCCUUGGGUAUCCUUGAUCACAUCCAACCUCAAGCAGGCUCCAGUAGGACAAAGGUUAAUCAAAGAAGUUAGCAAGAGAAUCGAAAUGCAUAUUCCCAUGUGCUUACCGAGCACAUCAGAUCAAAUAGUAACAAAGGACUGGGAGUGUGGAAGUUGGAUGGACCUUCAGUUCGAGACCGACAACAUCGUUGUCGAGAUAUGGGAUACUGCCCUAGAUGACUUGGUGGAAGAAACUAUAUUUGACCUGUGGCUUGAACUCUCAGCUGACUGGUGACAUUCCUUGUUCAUAGUUUGAUAUAUAUGUUGAGCAACAUUUCAGUCAACCAAAUCCAUUUCUAAGCAAUAUGAAAAGGGGGAAUGGACCUUGUCCUCUGCCUUGUCAUUAAUGUUCCUGGUGUGGUUUUUUUACUGUUAUCAGUCACAGCAUUACACCUAAUUACUGCAAUAGUUUCUACUAAUUCUAUUGUCUUUCCUUAUGUGUAAUGCUGUGGAGGAGACCUAAAGAAGCUUGAGAUGUAUGCAUUUGGGUCUUUAGAUGUACUGUUAAUAAUACCCUGGAAAUGGUGUUAAUCACUGAUGUGUUCAUCACAUCUGAGUUCUAUAUCUUAUUUA